GCCUUGCCAUACUUGUUCUCGCCUUGGUUCUUCCAACACACCCCGAUCUGCGAGCAUUCCUCUAUAGCGGGUUCAUGCCCGCUAAGCACAUUGCAUCCUCACACCUACCGACGCCACUGUCUCGAGUACAUUGGGGCCUCGCGUGCCUGUGAAGUCAUUCUGUAGCUGACCCGAGGCCAUAAGCUAUUGUGCCCCUACCACUGUUCUCAACCACCCCAUCAUCCUCAAAUGGCCCCUCAGGUCGACUUAGUUCUCAUCUUCCGCUCCUCUCCAGGCAGAGUGCUCUCGAAGCCCCAAGCACGCGAGAACGCACGACAGGCCACACAGCAGUAUACGCGACUCCUCGAGGCCCUGGGGAAAGGUCGCUUGCAGGCCGUCGGGAAGCGUGGAGAACAGGAGGGACAGUUGCUCGUGCUCGUGCAUUGUCCGGAACAGACUUUGAAGCGGUUGGCACAACGGGAGAGGUAUUCCGACUUCCUGUGUGGGCUUCCCACUGUAAACCCCACGGGAGCCAAAGAUCUGUCUCAAGAACCUCUCAGUCCUGCGGAUCGCUUGCGCCUAGUUCACACAUACGUGACAUCCACUCAUGCCGACGGCGGUUUGGGUGUGGCUCCUGGAUCAUCCGAUUGGGACCGCGUCGAGUCCAUGAUGGUAUUGCACGAUCACUCAUUCAACCAAGAAUGGAUCCGCACCUGGACGACCCUUCAACACGGCUCCGUAAAGUUCGAUGAUAUACGGAAGCAGUUCGGCGAUAGUGUCGCGCUCUACUUCCAUUUCCUCUCCUUCUACACCAAACACCUCGUCUUCAUCUCUGCAACCGGUGUUCUGUUCUACUUCUUCGCCCCGCCAUACUCAACGCUCUACUCCUCCCUCCUCCUACUGUGGUCAAUCACAUUCGUCGAAUCGUGGCGCAUCAGGCAACAGCAGCUUUCGGUACGAUGGGGUACAAAAGGCUCGUUCCGCGUCGAGAAGCGUAGAGCGCAGUAUACUCCGCUUUCCUGGUGGCGGAAAGACCUCAGGGCGCUCGCGAGCCUCCCAGUGAUCUUGUUCUUCUCGUCCGUGUUGGCGGUCUUGCUUACAGGUAUAUUCGUGUUUGAGGCGUUUGUUACUCAGCUAUACACUGGUCCCGGCCAUAAAUUAGUGGCGUUCAGCCCUACUAUCUUAUUCGCUGCACUAGUUCCCCAGCUUCUCAGCGUCUACCGUUCAUAUGCGGUCUCAUUCACCAACUGGGAAAAUCAUGGACACCAAUCGACACACGACGCGUCCCUUACGAUCAAGACAUUCAGCCUGUCGGCUAUAGUGGCGUAUCUUGGAAUUGCAUUAUCAGCAUUUGUCUACGUUCCAUUCGGCGAGGAAGUCAUGAGCACGGUCCAAUACUAUCUCUUCCAUGGCAACCCAACUGCCGCGAAGUGGCUGGGACCCAUACUCUCCGUGUUCCCUGCUAACAUAACGGCAUCAUUUAACGCGAACCACACAGCCAAGGAUGCGAAGCCCCCGGUCAACGCGACCUUCUGGGAGCACGAUAGCGUCUCCGCGCGGUCGAAGCUGAAUCCAAAGCGACUUCAAGAUCAGAUGUUCGCCUUCACCGUAACCAACCAGGUCGUCAACACGUUCCUCGAGAUCGGCCUUCCCUUCAUCCUCCGCGCGGUCAACUCGGUGCGCAGCGGGAAGGGCCUGUCGUUCGCCGCCCCCGCUGCGGGCGCUGGCAAUGGCAACGGGAACGGUGGGAAGAAGAAGCGGGUGAUGUUCGAGGGCCAGUCGGCCCACUCGGAGGCGGAGCAGCUGGCCGACCAGGAGGAGCGCGAGUUCAUGGACCGCGUCAAGCGGGAGGUCGCGCUGCCGGCAUACGACCUAUUUACGGACUACAGCGAAAUGGUUACGCAGUUCGGCUACGUGUCCCUGUGGUCGACCAUCUGGCCGCUCGCACCAGUGAUGUCUCUGAUCAACAACUGGCUGGAACUGCGGUCUGACGCGUUCAAGAUAACCGUCCACGUCCGGCGGCCCAUCCCCACGCGCACGGACACAAUCGGGCCCUGGCUCAACACGCUCGAGUUCCUCACCUGGCUCUCCGCGCUCACGAACUCGGCGCUCGUCUACCUCUUCCGCCCGGGCAAGAACGAGCAGUGCAAGCCCGUCGGCACGUCGCUCUCGCACGCGCACCACCACCUGAGCUCCCCAGACGCGUCACAGCAGCAGAUGCUCCUGUCUGCGCUGCUCAUCGCGCUGGGCGCGUCCCACGGGUACAUCUUCGUCCGCGCGGCGGUGCGGCAUACGCUCGAGCGCGUGCUCUGGCGCGGGAGCAAGGAGGAGAAGGAGGCGGAUGGCACUGAGACGCUCGUGAAAGAGGAGUACCUCCGGACCCUGGGCGUCGCGGACGUGGUCGGCGCGGAGGAGACGGGGGUUGAGGCGGGCGUCGUGGCGGAGUCGGAGGCCGGGUCGGCGGCGUUUUGGAGCCACGACGAGGGCUUGGACGAGCUGAGCAGGGGGACGAAGGAGGCGUGAAGUGCUGCAUGGGAGGCGCAGCGUGUCGCCGGUGUGCGGUUUCAGGGGACAGAUUGGCGCAGACGCAUUGAGGUUGUUGCUAUGGACCAUUCGCUCUCUAUCUCAGGCAUGUGUUCGGGGAUCCGGAAGUAUCAUAUGUUUGUGCGAGAGGACUACCUGAUGUCUCUCUUAUAUGUUUGUACACGCGUAAGGAAUACUAGUCG